AUCAUCGAACUUGCCUCACUCCGAAAUAUUUUCCAUAUCUGUUUUUGUGAAGACACAGCCGUUCUAGUCUUUACCCAACUCUCGCUCAAGCUUCAGUAGAUCUUAAUCAGUAAUAUGGCUACCACGAGCGUCUCUACUCCUAUCCCGGCGGGAGUGUCUGUUCAGCACACUCUUCAGGCUCUACACAACCAUGAGCUCAUGAUUAGGACCCUGUGUCCAUCAUUGAUCACCUACAGCCUGGAAUCAGGCGACCCAGCGAGUACAGCAACAUACUCCGUUACCGAUAAGAAGCCAAUUGGACAGACCACCUACAAACUCACCCUCACCAACACCCCUUACGGCAUUAAGAGUCUCGUUCAAGCCAAGCCUCCUACCGGCAUCCUCACCAUUGCUGGCAACUGGUGUAUUUCGAAUGGUAGUCUGCGCGAAGACGUGGAAAUCGAGGGCAAUUUCAUGAUGAAGAAGAUGGCGAAGGGGAACGUGGAGAGGACGCACCCGCAGCAACACAGCUUACUCCUUCAGCAGGCGACUGCCUGAAAGCUUGGUUCUCGAUAUACCUAGGUAUCUAGGACCUUGCGGCUUUUGAUGAAUGAUGACAUAAUUGGGCGUUUUGGGUUCACGAACUGGGCAUUGGGGAGCGAGCGAUCGGCAACGCAUAUAUCAAGGCGUUGGGACGUUGAUAAUCUUUAGAAAAGGGGGCGACAGACUCUUCGGUCUGCACAUACUUGCUUGGAUAGGAGGAA